CAUAUAUUUUCAAAAAUGAUACCGGUUAGAACAUAAACGUCAAUGGCGACCGUUAUUGUGCCAUGAUAAUCGACUAUUUGAUCCCUGAAAUUGAACCUCGCGAUCUCGGCGACAUCUGGUUUCAAGAAGACUGCGCUAUUUCCCACAAAUUGCAUUAGUCAAUGGAUUUAUUGAGAGAUAACUUCGGUGAGCAGAUAAUUUCACAUUUUGAGCCGUUCGAUUGGCCAACAAGAUCACUUGAUAUCAUACUGUUAUACGUUUUUCUAUGGGGGCGUAUGAAAAGUCUUAGCUCUAUACCGAGAAUCCCGCUUCGAUAUAGGUCUUGAAGUAAAACAUCGCACGUGCCAUUCGCUAGUUACCAGUCGAAAUGCUCGAACCACUCAUCGAAAAUUCGACUUAACGGACGGAUCAUCUGAGACGUAGCCGGGGUCAACAUUUGAAAGAGAUAACCUUCAAAAAAUUGAUGCCAAAUAAUGUUUUUCUGAAUGAUCAAAAAAACAUUCUCCAUUAAAUUUGAAGUUUCUGUCUGUUUUCUUUAAAAAUAGGGAAGCUCGAUAUGGAUCACCCUUUACUUACUACAAAUAUGUUUUCACAAUGAGCGUCGAUUAAUGUAAUGACUUCGAUAAUGGUUAAUUUACACGAAAAAAAACCCUGACAACACCGUUUAGACACUUUCAUCGCCGAUAGUGUAAUUUCUGGUUAUUCAUUUCACACCUCGCGAACGAUGGCGCCGGACUUGUUUGGUGUUUGUGUGCGGUUUUAUUAUAAACUCUUGCGUUUGCUUCAGUUCACCGACUUGUAUUACAAUGAAACGUUAAAGCGUCUUGAGAUUCAACCUCGAUAUUCCUGGUUACGGCGUGUCAUACCUAAAAUCUAUUAUUCAAUUUUCGGCAUUUACGCAACGUAUUUCAUAUCUAUACUUUUGUCGGUCAUAAUCAGUUUAACGGAGGAACCAGAUAUGUAUAAAACACUUCAAGUGGUCAGCGUAGCAUACAUAACCCUUGUUUUAUCGAUGUAUUUGUCGACUUUCCUUAUAAUCUCACACCAAAUACGCAAGAAACAGACGCAAAAGUUUUUGAAACAGUUUUUUAACAAACUUUUUGAAAUGCAUCGAAAAAUCUUACAACUGACUGGAGAGCAUGUAGCUAUGGAGAUUCCCACAGCUUUACUGCUGAUAGUAAAAAUAAUAUUAAUUGUUUGGAUUUUAAUUGCAUCUUGGCAGAUAACCAACUAUAUAAGAGAUUUAGCAGCUUUUCCCGUUUUCGAACUCGCAUUUAUUGCAAACUAUUUAGUCAUUGCAAGAUUGUUGAAACUCCAGCAAGAGUUAAGCAAAUGGAUUGAAAAUCACGAGGCUCAAUACAGAUUCAAAUCUCAAUGCACAGCGGCUUGCAAAAGGAGCAACUACCCGAUUCUAAAGGCACUUUCUCUGUGGAGCCAAUCGUGUAAAAUAACAUCAAACUUUCUGAAUCAGUUCAUUUGGUAUGAAAAAUUGGUUCUAUUCGGAAAUAUAUACUGCAUCUAUUUGUCCCAUCAAUUCAUUGUGUGCAUAUUUUUUAAACAAUAUUAUUACGGAUCUCUACUCCCAGAUGCUUUAAACCAUUUUUUCAAUAUGCUCUUCAUUGGCAUGAUUAAUGAUUCAUUGAAGUAUGAGGAAGAUUCUCUCAACAACACAAUGACGGCACUGGUCGCCAAAUUGUCACAUCAAACACACUUGUGCAAAAGUUGUAGAGAUCUUCAAAGAGCGAUCGAUAUUUACUUCUGUUGCCGAAAUAUGCGUUCCAAUGGCAUCUAUAUUUUCGGCAGUUUCUGGACCAGAGGUUAUGUAUUCGAUAUUAUCCGAAGCUUAGUAUUAUUGGGAGUUAGCAUCACGCAAUUUUAUACACAAGGAACGUACAAUUGUAACUUUGACCCUGAAUAUUGGGAGAGAUUUGAAGAAGAACUGUAAUGCACGAAGAUAUGAAAGGUAUUUCUCAGUGUAUCCAAUAACGAACUUCCUUUUCAAAGCAUGUUCUGGAGGCUAAACAUUGACGCACAACUAUUAAAGCACCUUUCUAGAAUAUAAUGGAAUUUGUACACAUCUUUAAGACUACGAUUCAUAAUUUUUUCUUUUCCUCUUAACCACAGCUUUCACUAGUGUAAUUGCCUUGAAAACUUAAAUAAAUAUUCACUGUAAAUAAAUUGUUGACUUUGAAGUGACUUCUUUAAGA